CCACAUGAGGGCAACUUAUAUUUCAAGAUAGCGCGUCUCCAUUUAAUGGAACAACUAAUUUUUUUUUCAUGAUCACAUUUUAUUUGUAUUUAAUUUUAAUUACAGUAGUAGUAGGCUAUUUUAUAAUUGCGAUUAUAACUAAUUCUUACAUUAAUCGAUUUAUACUAGAAGGGCAGGAAAUUGAAACGAUUUGGACCAUUAUUCCAGCAAUUAUUUUGAUUUUCGUUGCGCUUCCAUCCCUUCGUCUUCUUUAUUUAUUAGACGAGGUAAACUCUCCUUCCAUUACUAUUAAAACAAUCGGUCAUCAGUGAUAUUGAAGAUAUGAAUAUUCGGAUUUUAACGAAUUAGAAUUUGACUCUUUCAUAAUUCCAUCAACUGACUUAGAAGAAGGUCAAUUUCGACUAUUAGAUGUAGAUAGCCGCCUUAUUAUUCCUAUGGAAAAUAAAUUCGUGUAUUUGGUAACUGCUGCAGACGUUUUACAUUCAUGGGCUAUCCCUUCUAUAGGAAUUAAAGUAGACGCAGUUCCUGGUCGACUAAACCAAUUAUCAUUCUUUCUCAUCCCGACCGGUGUAUUUUACGGUCAAUGUUCAGAAAUUUGUGGUGCGAAUCAUAGCUUUAUACCUAUUGUAUUAGAAGUAGUUGAUACCCCUUCGUUAUCAAAUGAGUUUCUGCUAAACUAGU